CGGCGAGUGCCCCGCCAGGCUCGGGGGCCCCGCUCGGCGGCUGCUGUCCCUCCGGCACCGAGCGGGGUGGGCGGGGCCCCCGGCUGUCAGUGAGGAGCGCACCCCUCCUGCGUGUCUCUGCGGGGCAGCCGCGCUUGGCCCUGUCUCCAGCGGGGAAGAUAGCACUGUAUCAAAAUGGCUGAUGAUAAUGAAGAGCUGCAGGCAGAUGAAGAGCUCCCAGCUCCAGCUGAGGACAACUUUGAGCAGCUGGAGAACAGCAGCCCCGCAGAGCGCAGUGGGCACGUAGCAGUCACUGAUGGACACUGCAUGUUUGUUUGGGGAGGCUAUAAGAAUGCUCAAGUUAGGGGAUUUUAUGACUUCUAUCUGCCUAGAGAUGAAAUAUGGAUCUACAGCAUGGAAACUGGAAGAUGGAAUAAAAAAAAAACAGAGGGGGAUGUUCCACCUUCCAUGUCAGGCAGUUGUGCUGUGUGUGUAGACAAAGUAUUGUAUUUAUUUGGAGGGCAUCAUGCACGUGGCAAUACAAACAAGUUCUACAUGUUAAACUCCAGAUCCAAGGACAAAGUGUUGCAGUGGGUUAGAGUAGAAUGUCAAGGUGUUCCCCCCUCAUCGAAGGACAAACUUGGAGUUUGGGUUUAUAAAAAUAAGCUAAUAUUUUUUGGAGGUUAUGGUUAUUCGCCUGAAGGGAUACCAAUAGGAACUUUUGAAUUUGAUGAAACCUCUUUUUGGAACUCAGGUCAGCCUAGAGGAUGGAAUGAUCACGUACAUGUUCUGGACACUGAAACCUUUUCUUGGAGCCAGCCCAUAACCACGGGUAAAUCCCCCUCACCCCGAGCAGCCCAUGCCUGCGCUACAGUUGGGAACAGAGGCUAUGUGUUUGGAGGCAGAUACCGAGAUUCUAGAAUGAAUGAUCUUUAUCAUCUUAAUUUGGACACAUGGGAGUGGACUGAAAUAAUUACACAAGGCAUUUGCCCAGUAGGCCGAUCUUGGCAUUCCUUAACUCCAGUUUCAUCAGAUCACCUAUUUCUCUUUGGAGGGUUUACCACCGAUAAGCAGCCACUGAGUGAUGCUUGGAUUUAUUGUAUCAGUAAGAAUGAGUGGAAACAGUUUGAGCAUAAUUAUUCUGAAAAACCAAGGCUGUGGCAUACAGCUUGUGCUAGUGAAGAAGGAGAGGUGAUUGUUUUUGGUGGCUGUGCCAACAACUUGCUUGCCCAUCACAAAGCAGCUCAUAGUAAUGAGAUACUUGUGUUUUCUCUGCAACCAAAAUCUCUUGUAAGGCUGUGCCUAGAAGCAGUCAUUUGCUUCAAAGAGAUAUUAGCCAACUCAUGGACCUGCCUCCCAAAGCACUUGCUUCACAGUGUCAAUCAGCGGUUUGGAAGUAACAAUACAUCUGGCUCUUAAGACUUCUGCUAUCAGUUACUUCUGUGAACAACCUGUGCAUGGAUGAGCAAUUCUAAAGGAUGUAAUAAUUUUACCAACCAUGUGUGGCAGAUGUGAGACUUGUAUAAAUAUCUGCAUUGUCCUUGGUAGUAGCUUGUUGGUUGUAAGUUGCAUGUGAAUGGCUUAGAGAGAACUUAUUUUUGUGUAAAGAUGUUUGCAAUAAAUGUAUUUAAUGCAAGUUGAAAUGUAUCAGUGCCUAAGCUAAGUUAAACUAGUAAUGGUUUGUUCAUCUUUAUCAUCACGUAAUGAAGUGAGUGGCAUUGAGUAGUUUUCCUAUCCUAAAUUACUUCAGUGUGUGUCAAUGCAGGGAAACACGGUUUAAGGAGUUACCAUUCAAGGAUUUGUGGGUAGUUGCUGAAUUUCUGGGCCUUAAAGUUUGGCAAAUGCUAGAAGUAUUUUCAGACACUAAUGUUCUUUGGGACACCAUUAAUAUGAAAGAACUGACUCUCUAGCAUUAUUCAACAUGAUAGAGUAGUUUUAGUCUGUAUUAGCAUCUCACUGAUAGGAAUAAGACAGGGUCCUAACGUGUUUGGCCACAUGAGUUUAAGGUUAGAGAAACUAUUUUUAUUUAGUGCUGGGAAUAGCUCACCAACUUAAAGUUUAGAACUUUUAAGAAGUUUGACUUGUUUAAAAACAAACAUAGAGGGAUGGUGAUUAAGUUAUUUAAGAGCUGUAAGUGUGAGUGAUAAGUAGAUAUUGUAUUUUGUCUUAAUCCUGUAGUGAGUGUGAAAAUGCUUUAGUCAAUCAGUAGUUAAGUGUCAAACUGGACCAUGCAUGUCUAGGAGUAGCCAAAAGCACAAACUGCCAGUUUGCCAGGAAUGGCUUGAUUAUUAAUGUGCUGUUUCCUUCAGCAGCUUCCAUAUUCAGAGCUUCAUGCAUAUUGUGAAGCUGAUGAUUAACAGCUGCCAGGCUCUGCUCAGCUUCACUAGUUUAAAAACUACUGAAAGUACAUUGUAUGUAUGUGAGCAGCAACCAGCACGAAGGCCUUUCUGGCUCUGCUGUCUCUCCCAGGAAUCAGGAGACACAGGCCACCACUGAUAUAGUGGAGGGGUUGAGAAAUUAAUAAAUGGCUUGUGAUUUAAAUAUUGGAAAAAAGUGACUUCAGCACUCCACUUACUGUCUCAUUUCUUUUCAUAGCACUGAACUGAAUAUUCUUACUGUAAUUCAAUUAGCUGUCUCUACGCUCACCAUUGGAGUGAAUAGUAUUGGGGCAUUGUAUUAGAUCUGUGAUUUUUAAGCUACAGCUCACCAGUCAUCUGUUUUACUCUGGCCUUUGCUUUCUGUCUGCUCACAGGUAUUGUACAUAUUUUUUGGACUUAUAAAUCCCCACAUUAUGGGCAAAGUAUUAUACUAUCCCCCAUUCAUUCAUAAUGUUGCAUUGUUACCAGGUUGUGGUGCUCCAUGGCCAGUAAACAACUGCAGCUGAUUAGUCAGAAGCAAGACUUAGAUUUAUGUCCUUGCAGGACUUUUCUUAUCAUAUGACAGAUUGAUAAUGUUUACCAAAAGCCUGUACAGUCAAAUCUAUCUUCAUUCCCAAACAUGAUACUGUUAAGUAGAAGCAGAUUAAUACGGUCAAUGUCCUGACUAGAAAGAGGGCUCCAAACAGGGUAGUAUGUUUAAAACCCAGCCUUUGCCAAAGGAGAGCUGGAAAGAACAAGCAGCAGGACUUUGCUACAGCGUAAGCAAUGAGAGAAUGGACGGGGUCUGUGCCCAUCCUCACAGUAUUAGAAAAAGGAUCAGUCCAAAAUCAGUCUUGCCUUUGACAACUGAGGCCAGUAGUACUUUACUUGUGCACUUUAGAGGAGUCACAUGCUACAUGUAAUUUAAAGUCCAUACAAAUAGAUCUAGGCCAGGGUCAGAUGCAGGAAACUGUUCAUCUCUGCCUCUCAAUUUAGUCCAACUGAUUGUAACUAUUUUACUUUAUUAGCAAAAUUUGAAGUGGUCCAGGUGGUAGGUUUGUCAGUGUCCUCUUCUGAAGUAGUAGUGGCAGUUUAAACACGUAUGCGUGAUUUUCGACCACCACUCACUUCUUUUUCAUGUUCAGGAGCUUAGGUGCAGACACUUUCACUUUACCAGGAAUAUUUCUUGAUAAGUCAGUAUCCUACAAAACAAAAUCAGGGGUCAAAAUCAAGUAGGAAGUGUUCAACAAUCACUCCUUCCCAGCCUCUGACUACCAGCUGCAAAGUAGUAAUGCCACAUGAAUCAGUGAUAACCGUGUGUCACUGUCACUCCAUUACAGCCUCUCGCUGCCUGUUUCUCCAAAGCAAGUGGCCAGGUGACAGUUCAGCAAAUGCAGGUGUGCUCUGAGUAAAGAACUAUUAACUUUUGCUGCACCUCUCCCCCUCCCAUUCCAUGGAAAACAAUAGCUCAGCAGGUCAUAGAUAUGCUCAACACUCCAGCUCUCUAUCUGAACAUAACUAGUUUGUUCAGUGGCAUUCAAUAUAAAUAGUUAUCACAGGGGUGCAUUCCUAACAAGAGUCCACCACAACUAGUGGUAGGCCAGAUUAUUCAACAUUUUUAUCAGGGAUCUAAAAGAAAAUAAGAUAACUGAUAAUAAAAUUUUCAGAAUAGUAAAUGAGGACAGGGCAGUUAGUGUGAUCUGGAUCACUUGGCAUAUGUAUUUUAAUACAGCAAAGUGAGGUCAUGCAUCUAGGAACAAAUCAUGCAGGCCCUGCAGACAAUAGGAGACCUCGCUUAGAAAGCAGUCACUCAGAAGAGGAUUUAGGGAUCACAGACAAGCAACUGAAGAUGAGCCCUAGUGUGACUGCCAAAAGGGCAAUGCAAUCCUUAGCUAUAGAAACGAGGAUAGUAAGUAUGAGCAGGAAGGUGAUUUUACCUCUGUACAGGGCAUUGGUGAGACACUAGAAUACUGUAUACAGUUUGGAUGUUGAAAAUUGGAGACAAUACACAGAGCCACAGAAAUGAUUCGUGGUCUGGAGCAAGUGCCUUACAGUGAGACUCUAAGCUCGAUCUGUAGUUUAUCAAAAAGACGAUUGAGAUGACUUGAUUCCAGUGUGUAUGUACCUUCUUGUACAGAAGAUACCCAGUUCUAAAGCAUUCCUGAAUCUAGCAGAGAAAGGCAGAAAAAGAACCAAUGCCAGGAAUCGGACAAAUUCGAAACAGCACAAAACUGUAACAGUGAUUAACCACUGGAAAGGAAGUGGUGGAUUCUCCAGCUCUUGCUGUCUUUAAAUCAAGACUGGAUGAUUUUCUGGAAGGUAUUCUUAGUCAAAUACAAGUUACUGGACUCAAGACAGGGGUAACUGAGUAAAUCUUGCUGGCAUGUGAUGAGGGGGUUGGGACUAGAUGAUUUAAUGGUCCCUUCUGGCCUUAAAAGUCUAUUCAUCUUCUAUUCCCAAUAGGGAGAAACAAAGUGUGGGUGAGAUAUUUUUACUGGACCAACUUCUGUUGGAGAGAGAGACAAACUUUCCCAGAGCUCUUCCUCGUGUCUGGGAAAGGUACUCAAUGUCACAGCUAAAUACAAGAUCGAAGAGAUCAUUUAGCAUAAGUAGUUAGUAAUGCAAGGACAAAACCGAAAGCAAUAGCACUAAACGCUGCUUUCAUUCUUGCUGUAGUACAGUUUGAACAAGCCAAGGAGAUGGCUCUUUACCUUAACACUGCGAAAUAAAUCUUUUUCUCUUGCUGUA